AUGCACAUAGCAACAGUGGAGAGGAAAAACUCUCCUUUAACAGGAGGAAUCCUCCAGCACAACCAGAACCAGAAUAAAAUCCUCCAUCUGGGUUUUACACGUAUCUGCACCGCACUCGGUGCAAACCUGGCCUCCUUCCACAGCCACAGUGAGUACAUGUUCCUGAAGAACCUGGUCAAAACUGUGAGAAGAUCCUGGGACAGAACCUGGGUCGGAGGCUACGACGCCGUCAAGGAGCGUUUGUGGCUGUGGAGUGACGGGUCAAAUUUCGACUACAUCCAGUGGGGCAGAGGGGAACCAAACAACCAGGGUGGCAGAGAAAACUGCAUGGAGAUCAACCUGAAAGGACCUACUCAAUACGUGAACGAUGAAGGGUGCAGCAGAAGGAAUUUCUUCAUCUGUGCUAAAAAUCGCUAACUCCUCCCCCGACGUGACCAUGUGACCUUCUCACUGGUGAUGUCACUUCCUCCAGGA